AUGGCCAAAAUUCAAAAGCUCAAAUACAUCAAACAAAUGGAUAACAACAGUCAUAAUCGUGACUUGAUAAAGAUGUUCGGUAAAUUAAUUUUAGUAAUACUUCCAUUGGCUAUCGAAACUACUCCUGUUCCUCCAAGACCUUUGGGAUUUAUAUAUGGAGACCAAAGUACAAAUGUUGCGCCAGUCGAGUUCGAUGUCUACAUGGGACCUCUUUGUCCAGACAGCCAAGAUGCCUUACCAACUUUAGUCAAACUUGCAGACCAUUACGGACCGGAAAAGUUAAGACUACGCAUGCAUCUGUUUCCUCUACCGUAUCAUAGAAAUUCAUUCCUGGUUGCUAUGGGAACCCAUUCAGUGGACAAGAUGACCAACGGAAACAUGACAUUUGUCUGGGCACAAAAUGUAUACAGCCAUCUCGAUAUAUUUUAUGAUAAGACUCUCACCGAGGACCAAGUUAUAUUAAAAAUGGUAGAGCUAGCAAAAAGCAUGGGAUUACCGGAAGUUGAAUUCAAACAGCUGACAACAAAUAGUGGAAUCAAUGACGAGUGUCGAGUCGAAUGGAAACAUGGUUGUUCGAGAGGAAUAACUUCAACUCCUACGUUUAUGAUAAAUGACGUAGUAGUAGCAGACGAUGACCAAGCCAACAGGUCAGAAGCUGACUGGAUUAAAAUUAUCGACCCGAUACUGAACCAAGAAUAAAGGAACAGUUGAACAAUUGCGAUAGCGAAUAACAACAUCUUCUUCGUGCAUUGGUGAACAAAUAUCUACAUCUAUUAAACAUUUAGAAAUCUUACAAGGUGACUUUUGUAAAAUUCAUUUGGUAAAAACUAAAUUGUCAUAAAGUUAUUGAUAUUGCUGAG